AAUAAUUCAAAGCGAAACUUCGUGGAAGCUGCCUCGUGUGGUCCCCACAUUAUAAAACUAAUCAGUAUAUAAUCAUCUCUGACGCCAUUCUUUACAGACACAACAUAAGACAUCAGCAAAGCAAAAAACACUAUAACAUCAACCGAAUACAAAUUGUGAGUCAGUGUGAGAAAAUGGCGGGGAUCGUGCCGGAACACUGGUCAGCGGCGGAGAACGGAAACGCAAACGUGUCGGCGAAAGGGUCGAGCAGAGACCUGAGACAUGGAAGGACAGCUCACAACAUGUCUUCUUCUUCGCUGAGGAAGAAAUCAGACCUUCGAGUGAUCCAGAAGGUUCCUUACAAAGGUCUUAAAGAUUUUCUUUCCAAUCUCCAAGAAGUCGUUCUCGGCACAAAGCUUGCCAUUCUUUUUCCCGCCAUACCUGCCGCCAUUAUCGCCACAUACUAUGGUUUCAGUCAGCCGUGGAUAUUUGGACUGAGCUUGAUAGGACUCACACCUUUAGCUGAGCGAGUCAGCUUUCUGACAGAGCAACUAGCUUUCUUCACCGGUCCGACAUUGGGUGGUCUACUGAACGCAACGUGCGGAAACGCAACUGAAUUGAUAAUCGCGAUCCUGGCAUUAACCAAUAACAAGGUUGCAGUGGUGAAAUACUCGCUGCUAGGUUCGAUUUUGUCGAACCUUCUGUUGGUUCUCGGAACUUCACUCUUUUGCGGCGGAAUCGCAAAUAUACGACGGGAGCAGCGGUUCGACCGGAAACAAGCCGAUGUGAACUUCUUCUUACUCCUAAUGGGAUUGUUGUGUCACUUGCUGCCAAUGUUGUUCGGAUACGUGGCAAUCGGAGAGACUUCGCCUGAUGUAGUUGCCGACAUGUCACUGAAUCUGUCUCGAGCCAGCAGUAUUGUUAUGUUGAUCAGUUACAUCGCAUAUCUCGUUUUCCAGCUUUGGACUCACCGCCAACUGUUCGACGCACAAGAUCAGGAAGACGAGUAUGAUGACAAUGUCGCUGAGGAAGAAACCGCAGUGAUUGGGUUUUGGAGCGGAUUUGCUUGGUUGGUUGGGAUGACACUUGUCAUCGCAUUGCUAUCUGAGUAUGUUGUGGCCACAAUUGAGACCGCAUCGGAAUCAUGGGGCUUAUCAGUGAGCUUCAUAAGUAUCAUAUUGCUUCCUAUUGUUGGAAACGCAGCUGAACACGCUGGAGCCAUCAUUUUCGCUUUCAAGAACAAGCUCGACAUAUCUUUGGGAGUUGCAUUAGGCUCUGCUACUCAGAUUGGCUUAUUCGUUGUUCCCUUGACCAUUAUCGUGGCAUGGAUUAUAGGAAUUAAGAUGGAUCUCAAUUUCAAUCUCCUUGAAACCGGUUCUCUUGCUCUUUCCAUCAUCAUCACAGCCUUCACAUUACAGGAUGGGACUUCUCACUACAUGAAAGGACUCGUUCUCUUGCUUUGCUAUGUUAUCAUUGCCAUAUGUUUCUUCGUCGACAAACUUCCUCAGAAACAACCAAAUGCUAUUCACUUGGGACAUCAAUUGAUGAACACUGCUGUCAAUGCAAUCGGCAAAGGAGUUCUCUCAUCUUAAAUUUAGACAAGUACCGAUGUGCUGAAACAAAAUUCUCAAACCGGGAAAAGGGGGAAAAAUGCUCAAUUUCUUGAUUCAUUUUCAAAUAUUUAAAAAAAAAACUUGUCAGAGAGAUUUCUAAGAUUCGAUGAUUACUUCAGCAUUUUCCUAUCUUGGGGGUUUUGAUGAAGAUAAGCUUGAGAAGUAUUUAUAAUGUCCAUGUGUGGAUUUUCGAUAAACUAUAUAUCUAUGAAUGUUUUAUGCCAAAUAUUCUAUCUCCUUUUUCAUUUUAAGUUUUUUUUUUCUUUUUUUUCGUCUAAAAGGUAUUUUAGUAAUAAUUAUGGAUACAAUCAUUGUUUACAAAAGAAUAAAGAAAUGACAGACAAGUUUGAUAUAAACACUAUGAAUUUGGUGAACAUGUACCCGUUUUGGCAUAUCGGUUGGCUUUCCUAUUUUUGUAAGUGAAUUUAGUGUUGGAGAACAUAGAUGUCCACCCUCUAAUAGUAUUAAGAUAGUGACCGUAGCUUGAGGUUACUUCCUUCAUUGUUAAGUAGACGAGUGAUAUUUAUGUUGUCUCCUUCAAAGACGACGUGUGUGAAACCAAAACUUUAAACAGCUUGCAUUGUCUAUAUUAAAGCAGUAAGUUCGACCUCUUCGAUCGUAAAACGUUUUUAAUAUUGUUUCAUUCCUCCUUUGAGAAAAGUGCCUGUAGAAUUGCGAAAAAUCCAGCCAAAACCUGAUUUGCUAGCCUCAGCAUAGAAAGAUGCAUUGUAAUUGCAUUUUGUCCAAUCUGGUGAAGGUCAUUGCCAGUGGUGAUGAAUAGAAAAGUUGUAGUGAGCGUUGGGUAGAUUAACCUCCAACAUAUUAACAGAUUCCGUGGUAGCUACGUCAGCACGGAAGAAUAUUUCUUGUGGUUGAAUCUAUCAUCUGUUAAACAUUAAUUCAUUUCAGCUCUUUCAUAAAUGCCACAUUAUCCAAAAUGGCAGUAGACAGUGAUAUAUCACUGAUAUUAGUAUUUGAAUAUAGUCCAAAGAGAAACUCGAGUUUUUAUUUUCUAUGAUUUACUCAUGAUGUUAUGAAUAUAAUGAAUUAUAAC